AUGUUCGAUAGAAUCUUACAACGUCCGAACUGUCUAGUGAAUAAAAGAAAUCGUUAUCAACUACUUGCCACAGUGCUAAUAAAUUUAAUAUGCAUAGCACAUGGCAUUGGAAUCGGUUGGUUAUCGCCAACUCUUCGCAAAUUGCAAACACCGGAAUCACCCCUCAGCUUUCCGCUAAACGUUAAAGAAGUCUCUUGGGUGGGUUCGGCAUUAGGCAUAGGUUCGGUCAUAGGAAACUCACUCUCUGGACUUCUCAUACAUCGCAUUGGUAGCAAGAUGUGUCUUCUCCUUAUAGCCAUACCGCAUUUGUGCCUUUGGAUUAUGGUGUACUUUGCCAAGAGCGUGGAGUUCUUGAUCGCUGGUCGGUUGCUGGCUGGUAUUACAGGAGGAGGCAUAUAUAUUCUCCAUCCCUUAUUUAUCAGCGAAUUUUGUGAUGCCAACAUUCGAGGAACUUGUGCGACAAUGGUGAUGUUAUCAGUUAACACCGGUAUUCUUAUAGGCUACAUUUUGGGCACCCACGUAUCAUAUUAUGUCGUACCAUUUAUAGCACUAAUUUUACCACUUAGUUAUUUUGUAUUUGUUUUAUUAUUCAUACGCGACUCACCAAUGCAUCUCAUAAGCAAGGGCAAGUUUUUGGCAGCUGAAAAGUCAUUUAGAUACUAUAAAAAUAUAAAAGAUGGCGACAGCGUAAGCGAUCAGGCUAUCGCUAUGGCGGAAUUUAAGAACAUGAAAGUAGCGCUGACCAAAGAAGACAAUCUCCUCGACAAGGUCACCUUAAAGGACUUUGCCACCAAGGCUGCCCUUAGAGGAUACGCCAUGGCGGCUGUCAUUGUCAUUGCGAAUCAGUUCAGCGGAGUUUUUACCAUGGUCAACUAUAUGACGGAUAUCUUUGCCAUGUCGGGCGGUAGCAUGGAUCCAAAUACAAGCACAAUUAUCAUUGGAUCUGUGCAACUUUUCGGUGCCUAUGUCAGCACACUUUUAUGCGAUGUCUUUGGGCGCAGAAUUCUGAUGUUAGUCUCAUCGGGGGGCGUGGCGUUGAGUUUAACAUGCUUUGGUUUCUUUACCUACUUCACGCAGAUGUAUGAUCUGAGUGAAUGGAGUUGGGUCCCAGCUGCCAUUAUGUCUGUUGACAUUUUUCUGGGCAAUAUUGGCUUGGUUAGCUGUCUAUUUGUGCUGAUGGUUGAAAUGUAUCCCCUCAAGAUCCGCGCAAAGGCAACAUCCAUUUCGAUCGUUGUAUGCAGCUCUUUGGUGUUUUUAAUGCUCAACAUUUUCCCACUUUGCAUGCAUUACUGGGGUUUGCCAACCACAAUGUGGUCCAUGGCAACCAUAACAGCAUUUUGUUUUACUUGCUUUUUAUUAUUUUUAAAAGAAACCAAAGGAAAGUCCAUGCUAGAAGAUUGAGAGCAUUCAAACAGCUAACGUCUCACAUUUCAAAUGUUAUCGACAGGGCUAUCUUAAUGUUAUCGAAAAUUAUUUGUAAAUAUACACGCGAAAAAGCUAGUUGCUAUGAUAGAAAUAA